AUGACAAACCAAUUUGGAGGCGCUGUGGAUGCUCGGUGGAUCAGAGCGCAGCCCGGCGAGAGGAGCGUUGCGUUGCAGGCGGGCGGGGAGCCGAGGGUGGGUGGAAGGCUGGGGAGGGCAAAUCUGCCCUGCGGACUGGUGGAGGUGGAGGACGUGCUGUGCUUGGAACUCAGUGGGGACCUGUUGAUAGCCCACCGGCGAUGCAAUGGAGAUACUCAGUGUGCCUUGGAGGCUGUGGAGAGACUGCAAGCCAAACUGAAGGAGAGAGGGGAGGCCCCCACACAGGAGAAACUCUCCCUGCUAAAGACUGUCCUGCAGAGCCCCCUGUUCCAUCAUAUACUCAGCUUACAGCAAGCUCAGCGGAAGCCCGUGGCGAAGGGGAAGGCCAUUUCCAAAUCUGUGUCCAUGAACUGUGGACCGUGCCAGGGCAUGGCGGUGGGGCUGAAGACGCUGAGCCACAGUGACUCCUACACAUGGGCCGUGGAGAACCGAAGGCCCAGCACUGCCAGAUCCUUCCACAGGGAAGGCAGCAUCUCCUCUCUAGGCUCACAGGAUCUGUCCUUCUCAGACAUUUACCCAGGCAACUGCAUUCCCACCGAAUCACAGUACUGCACUCCCCCUCGAAUCUCCCGCACCAUGUCGAUGGGGAGAAACCUGUCUGCUAUUGCUCAUGAGGUACAUUGGCGUCAUGUGGAGAUGAUUGAGCUGACCAAUGAUGGUAAGGGGCUUGGCUUUGGCAUCAUAGGAGGGCGGAACACAGGAGUCAUGGUCAAGACCAUCCUUCCUGGAGGAGCUGCCGGCCGGGAUAAGCGCCUGAGUAGUGGAGACCAGAUCCUGCGCAUCGGAGAUACAGAUCUGGCGGGCAUGAACAGCGAGCAGGUGGCACAGGUGCUGCGAAAUGCUGGUAGCAAGGUGAAACUGCUCAUUGCCAGGGAUAUUACCAAGGACAACCACCUUUCCUCUCCUGUGCUCAGCCAGGACAGCUUGGAUGGCAAGCUCAAUGACUUGAAUGAUGACUAUGAGUUCAGUGUGCAGUUCACUAAAAACAGCCGGGGCCUGGGAUUCACCAUUGCUAGCUACAUAGGUGACCUAAACUCAGUCUACAGUGCCGGUGUGAUAGUGAAGAGCAUAGUGAAAGGCAGCACUGUUGAUCAAGAUGGACGCAUCCACAUUGGAGACAUCAUACUAUCUGUGGAUGGGGUGAGCCUGCAGGGCUGCAGUGAGCAGAGGGCAAUGGAGGUGCUGCGUAGGACAGGUCCCCUGGUCAGACUGAGGUUGCUGAGGAAGGCCGUCCGUCUGAGCCACAUCCUGCCCCCGGUUCCUCCCCUGCAGCCCCUCCGACACUCCCACAGCUUCCACGAGGGCAAUCCCUACAGAGCGGGCCUCAACAAGAUCCAAGAGACAGGAAUCUGCUCUCUGCGUGAAAUCUCCCGGCGAGCAGCAUACGCCAGCAGACGACCCCGACAUGAUUCCAGAAACGGUGUGACGCUGACGCCAGCUGAGGAGGAGGACCUGAGGAGGAGGUGGCAGCAUGCGGUUGGACCCAGAUAUGAAGUCAUUGUGUGUCAGCUGGAGCGUUUCAGCGAGACGAGCGGUCUGGGCAUCAGUCUGGAGGCUCGGGCGGGACAUCAUUACCUAUGCUCCAUCUUACCUGAGGGGCCCAUCGGCCAAAGCGACAAGAUCCUCACCGGAGACCAGAUAUUGGAGGUGAAUGGCAUCCCUCUCAUUGGAGAGACGCAUAAGGAGGUGGUCAAUAUUCUUAAGGAGCUGCCGAUGCAUGUGUGCCUGGUGUGCUCUCGCAUCGUACCCCCUUCAGUUCCUGACAGUGAUGAAGAAGAUGAUGAUGAUGUCCAUCUCACCCUGAAAGAACUGCUGGCUGAGUUCAAUGACAAGGUGCAAGCACACACUGAAGAAAGGAUGAAUGGAGGGAUUAAGUAUUAGUCUGAGGACAUCACCAAGCGUGGCGUGCCCCCCAUGUCACCUCCUCUGGCCAUGUGGGAGAGAGAGGCUCAGGUGGUUGAGCUGGAGAAAGGCGAGUCGGGACUGGGCUUCAGUAUCCUGGACUACCAGGAUCCAGAAGAUGCCACUAAAACAGUUCUGGUAAUCCGGUCCUUGGUGCCUGGAGGUGUAGCAGAUCGAGAUGGUCGCCUGCUGCCUGGUGACCGACUCAUGUUCGUUAAUGAAACUGAGCUGGAAGGCUCCAGCCUGGAUUAUGCUGUGCACGUCCUCAAAUCCACCGGCUAUGGACUUGUCCGCAUUGGUGUUGCCAAACCCCUGCCGGUAUGUGAAGAUGAUCUGGAACUGUGCGGCGGCUUAACGCCCAUCUCAGAGAGGAGCACGCGGGCUUCCUGCGAUGACACCGACAGCCACACUCAGGUCAGCCUGCUAGCUGAGGCAGCCGAGGCUAGCAACACUUUCAACUCUGAGGACAACAGCGUCAUCCAGCCGUAUUACACAACAACGGAAAGCCAGCUGCGUAAUCGCUUCAGCAUCAUGGAAGACGACGAUAGGCAGCAAGUCCCGCCUCCACCUCCACGCACCAGCUUUGAGAGGACAAUCACUGUUGUCCGGGGUAACCGUAGCCUUGGGAUGUCGGUGAGUGCAAUCAAGGACGGCUCAGGCAUGCUGGUGCGCAGUGUGGUCCAGGGGGGCUCUGUUAGCCAGGAUGGCAGGCUAGGGGUGGGGGACGCCAUCUUGGCCAUCAACGGAGAACCUACCUCCAACCUGACCAACGCCAAGGCCAGGGCCUUGCUUCGCAGACACUCUGUCAUAGGGCCAGAAAUGAGUAUAAGCUACGUCCCAGCCCAUCAGGUGGAUGAGCACCGUACACGUCUGUGUUUGCCCCCUCUGGCAUCCAUCUCAGCAGACAGCGCUUCCUCCUCACCCACCCCAACAACACCUUCUCCAGAACCUGCAUCGGCCCCAGCCAGAUCCCCCGGUCCAGUCAGAGCUCCGGCUCUGACUCCAGCUCCAACCGCCCUCAAACCCUCUGCCUCAGUCAAAUUUAAAGCUGCAGCUCCAGAUCCAGCAGUCACAGUUAGAGCCUCUGCUUCGUUCAAAGCUCCAUUCAAAGGCCCAGCCAUAGUUCCCACCAUCACCCCAGACCCAAGUUGGCAGAUUCCAAAAUCUCUACCUCACAUGAAUAAAAGAGCAGGAAAAGAAGAUGGAAUCACUGUGGAAGAGAAAAAGGACACGAUUAGUGCAGAUGGGAAAGUACCAAAGCUGGAGGUGGAGAUAAAGGUGGAUGGUAAAGAGGAGGGCGAUGGCGAGCUCUAUCCUCACACCACCGUGUCUUGGGAUCAACCUAGAAGUGUGCAGCUGACUCGAGCACCAGGCCAGUCCCUGGGUAUCAGCAUAAUGGGAGGCAGAGGCAUGGGACGGAGACUGAGCAGUGGAGAGAUGAUGAGGGGAGUCUUCAUCAAGCACAUCAGCCCCGACAGCCCGGCAGCACAUAAUGGCACCCUCCGGACUGGAGACAGGAUACUGGAGGUGUGUGGUGUGGACUUAAGAGAUGCCAGCCAUGAGCAGGCAGUGGAGGCCAUUCGCAGGGCUGGAGAUACUGUGGACUUCCUGGUCCAAUCCGGACAACACAGACCUCAGUCUCCUAUGCUCACCAACCAUGAAAGACUGACUCCAACACCACAGUCCAACUCACACAGCAGCAAGGAAGCAGAGUCUCUCAGUGGUCUAUUCCUUAGUCUCUCCCCUACAAACCCCUUCACUCCCACCCCCUUUAAGGUUGAAAAGAUGCUUCAGCGCUAUGGCAGCCUGUCUGGGAAGCUUCAUAUGAUUGAACUGGAGAAGGAUCCUGCGGCUCACGGCCUGGGAAUCAGUCUCUCGGGGGACAAGGAUGGCUCUAGGGCCCGCAUGAGUGUCUAUGUGGCGGAUAUAGACCCUGAAGGUCCUGCUGGUUUAGAUGGGAGGAUACAGGUUGGAGACGAGCUAUUGGAGAUCAACGGCCAGAUCUUGUACGGUCGCAGUCACCAAAAUGCCUCCACCAUCAUUAAUAACGCUCCGUCUAAAGUCAAGAUCAUUCUCAUCAGGAAUAAGGCAGCUCUGAGUCAAAAGGCUCAGGGAUCCAGAACAGAGCGUGAGGACACAGUCGACUCCAGGAGAGACUCAGCAGAGCAUGGAGGAUUAUCCACAGACAUCCACCAAAUCAUCCUACCGCAGGAUCAUGUAGGUCUCGGCCUCUGCCUGGUAGAGGAUGACUCUAAGGAUGGAGUGGUCGUCAGGUCACUGAUCCAGCACGGCACUGCUAGUAAGGAUGGCAGAAUAAAGCCUGGAGACAGAAUCAUAGCAGUGGGUGAUGAGCAUGUGGCCGGUCUGCAAGUGGACAAGGUGUCCUGUUUGAUCCUCAAACACCGGGUCACUGUCAAGCUCUCCAUCAGCCGUUCCAAGCAGCUCUCCUCCUCUUCCACUCUACCUCUCCCUACGUCUCAUUCCUAUCCCUGCUCUGUUGCUCCUGCAUCCUCCCUAACCCUCCCUGUUUCCUCCUGCUACUCUUCAUCCCUCAAUACCAUUCAGACCUCUCCCGCAGGUCGGUCUGAUUGGCUAGGAUCUGCGCCCACAACUUCUGACCCCCUGAGCUGCCCAGUUGUAGCUGGCAGGGAAACCAUGAUGGAGAUCUGUAAAGGAAAUGUAGGCCUGGGCCUCAGCAUUGUAGGAGGAUGUGACACUCUGCUGGGGGCAGUAGUAAUCCAUGAAGUAAAUGAUGGAGGAGCAGCACAGAGAGACGGAAGAUUGCAGGCUGGAGACCAGAUAUUAGAGGUCAAUGGAAUAGACCUGCGGCAGGCCACUCACGAUGAGGCUAUUGGCGUGCUGCGGCUCACCACCCGGCGUGUUCGCCUGUGUGUCUUCAGGCACCAGGAGACCUACAGGGAGGAGGACCUGUGGGACGUCUUCACUGUGGAGCUCAGACCUCGUCCUGGAGAGGGGCUGGGGCUCACCACCGUGGGGAAGAGCAAUGACACGGGCAUCUUUGUGUCAGAUAUCAUCAGAGGAGGCGUAGCAGAUUCAGAUGGCAGAUUGUUGCUAGGUGACCAGAUUCUGUCAAUCAAUGGAGAGGAUGUCCGUGCAGCGUCACAGGAACAUGCACAGAAGCUCCUACAGGGUCCAUGUGACUCCCUGGGCAUCUGUGUGGCAGGAGGAGUGGGCAGUCCCCAUGGCAACGUACCUCUUUUUAUUGCUACCAUGGAUACCAAUGGACUGGCUGCCAAAACACAGCAAUUACAGGUGGGAGACAAGAUUCUCAGUAUCAAUGAUGUGUCCACGGAGGGAAUGACUCAUGUCCACGCCGGAGCCCUCCUGAAGAACGCCACCGGAACCAUCAGUCUGCAGGUCGCAGCAGGUUCUGGUGGGUGCAGCACACAGGACCACAGUGUCCAUGCCCGGUCAUCAGGCCAACCCAGCAGCCUGCCCUGCUUUCACAACAACCUCUGUGCUCGCAUGUAUAAGACCAUCACUCUGGAGAGAGGCUCCUCAGGCCUGGGUUUCAGCAUCGUAGGAGGGUUCGGCAGCCCUCACGGAGACCUGCCGAUCUACAUCAAAACUGUCUUCAACAAGGGGGCGGCCAUAGAAGACGGCAGGCUGAAACGUGGAGAUCAGAUCAUUGCAGUGAAUGGACACUGCCUGGAGGGUGUGACCCACGCAGAAGCUGUGGACAUCCUCAAGAAGACCAAGGGGAGCGUAGUCCUCACCGUUCUCUCCUGA